AUGGUGCUGCUUGUGAAGAUCAUCCUCAGCUCGAUGCUGGUCAGCGGUGGUGUCAUGAUUUACGCCCAGGCGCAGCAUCUUCUGGCGCAGGCCCUCUACCUGGGCGAUCCGGAUUCGUACAACACCACGCGGGAGGAUUGCGUGUGGAAACGCGGCAACGGACAGGACGUCUGUCCGGAUCAGGACAUCGGCAUCUUUCUCUACACGUCCGGCAUCGUGCGGGAUAAGUUUAAGUUCGACCAUCGGCUUCGGGACUGGCUGAACAACACCGAAUGGGACCAUGCGAAGGAGAACAUCAUACUGAUACACGGGUACGCCGGUGGAGAUGACACGCUGCCGAUUGCGGUUCUACGAGACGCGUACAUCAACCACGGCGGGUACAACGUGUUUCUCGUCGAUUGGGGCGCUCUCUGUCAGCCGCCGUGUUAUGUGGCGGCCGUCUACAACAUCCGUCCGGUUGCAACCUGUCUGGCGCAGAGCCUAAUGCAGCUGAGGGACCUUGGUUUGCCGGUUGAAAGGACGACUUGUGUGGGUCACUCGCUUGGGGCGCACAUUUGCGGGUUGAUGGCGAACUAUCUCAACUUCCGGAUGGAGCGUAUCAUCGCUCUGGAUCCAGCGAGACCACUAAUCAAGCCGGGUGGAGUGAAUCGACUAGAUCAGGGUGAUGCAAAGUACGUGCAGGUGAUACACACUAACGCCGGUCACUACGGUGAAGGAGGUCGCGUAGGUCACAUCGAUUUCUGUGUGAACGGUGGACGACGCCAGCCCUACUGUGGCAACAGCACGAACAUCAACCUGUGCAGUCACAUUUGGGCCAUCUGCUACCUAGCCCAGUCACUGUACGAGGGUCACGAACCUAUGGCGGAACCGUGCAGUCGACGGUGUCCUUCGAAUGCAGUCCUGUCGGGGGUUCGUGAAGGACGUCGACGAUUCGGGUACGCGAUGGGAUACGCCAUCCCGAUGGGGCUAAGGACUCCACCAAAUGCCUCCGGCUCGUACUGCAUCAAAGACAUCAAUCCACCGUUCUGUCCAUCGAAACCCUCGAUGCCCGGGGAUCAGCGGUGUUGCAUAUGA